UGAAUAAUCAAUUGCGCGCAUGCUUGCAUCAAUCAGACAAUUUAAAAUGGUUUGAGCGAGUGAUCUGCGAUCAACGGUUUCGUGUUGCGAUUUUUGUGAUUUUUUGAUACUUUUAAAUUGUAAUCGACAUGGCUGAAAUCAGUACGCCACUAUGCAAAAAAAAAGUUAAAAGAAUUAGUGAAUUAAGUACACCUGUAAAAAUACCAGCAUCACCUCUCAUGAAACAAAUCGGCUUCGGUACCGGAGUUGGUGUAUAUCUUUUGGAAAGAUCAUCAAGGGAACAAUCACCAUGGGCAAUAAAAAAAUGGAUGCGGAAAAGGAGCAACGAAGAAAACUUUAAACGUCUUCAAUUUGAAGCACGAAUUCUACGCAAAUUAAAUCAUCCAAAUAUUGUAGGAUUCAGAGGAUUUAUGAAAGGAUUGGAUGGAAAACCUUGCUUAGCUAUGGAAGCAAUAUCCUCAUCUCUUGGUGAGAUGAUUGAGAAAAGGAAAGAGAUGACUGACGAGCCAUUUCCAGCUAAGAACAUUGUAAAAGUUGGUUUUGAAGUGGCAAAAGGACUAGAAUAUUUACAUCAUACUGCACAUAUUUUACAUGGAGAUAUUAAAAGUCAUAAUAUCUUAGUGUCUCCUAAGUUUAACAUAGUUAAAUUGUGUGACUUUGGACAUUCUUUAUCAUUGACACCAUCUUUGGGAGAAGAUUCAACAGGUGUUACUGCUUAUGGUGGAACACUACCUUGGUUGCCUCCUGAAGUUAUAUUUGAUGAUGAACCAGUAACAAGUGCUGCUGACAUUUGGCCAUACGGUAUUGUUUUGUGGGAAAUGAUAUCACUAAGCGUACCUCACUUGGGUGAUUUAGAUACAACUGAGAAUGAAGAUUCGAAAGAUGAUAUAGAUGAUAGUGAAGUUGAAAGUAAAUAUGGUACACGUCCAGCCUUACCUACUAUUGAUCUCAAUUUGAGAAAAUACAAAAUUGUACUCCAGAUAUUCUACAUGUGUACCGAGACGGAUUAUAAAUUACGACCCACCGCCCGAGCGUUGGUAAAACGUUUUCAAGAUCAUUUGGAUAGUAAGAAGUUAGCACGACUUUCUCGACGAGAGUUGACUGAAGAAAUUCAAUGAAUAGUAAGAAACAAAUAUAAGAAUGUCUAAGCUUUUAUAGUGUAAACAAAAUAUGCAUAAUAUUAGUACGUACACUAUUAUAUUUUAUUUUUAUAUAUACGCUAUGUAAUACUAAAAGUAUUAAGUUUACUAUGAAAAACCAAAAAUAUAAUUUUUAGUUAUAGGUUUUUA